AUGGUAAAAGCAUUAAAGGUUCAAUGUGUAAAGUAUAAAAACGAUAAAGAAUCAGCAGAAUUAAAAUUACAACAAACAGAGAAUAGAUUAGAACAGUUCAAAAUAAAAGAAGCAAAUGAAACCAAAAUAAUGGAGGAUAUGGUAGCACAGGUUGAAGAGAAUCUUUUAGCAACAAAAAAAAGAGCACAAAAUGCAGAGAAUCAAGUUGAACAAUUAAAAAAUGACAUCUCACUUCUUAGAUCAACAGGUUCAAACAAUCCAGAGAUUCAAGAGCUUCGUUACAGACUCCAAGAUGCUAAAGAAAAGGGCAAAAUGGUCACCCACUUACUUUAUCAAGCCUCAAACGAUGCCGACAUGAAUAUUAAAAAUUUGAUGAGAGGUAUUGAAACUUUACAAAAUAUUUCAGGAAUAUUAACCUCAAUUGACAAGAUCUCAACAAUGCCAAAUUGA